AAGUACUAGUAGCACUAUGUUCGAUCCUCAGGACAUCGCCAAGUCUUCUGAACAAGAUAACAGUAGUGCUGCUACUAGAAGAAGUGGCACAAGAACUACAGGCACAGAUCAACAUAGAAGAAGUCAAGGUGAUAAUGUGUCCUCCUCGGCCGGAGCUGCGGCGUCUGGUGGUGCAGAAGUCCGCAUACUUCUUGCCGAACAGAGUCAGUCGACAUAUUUCCCCGCGACGUGUCCAGGUAACGGGUCGAGUAAUGCCAGCUGUUUUAAUGCUGCUGGAAGGAGCAAUCAAGAAUUCCACACACUAGUCGGAUCACAACGGCAACUACCGCAGCAACUACC